CCUUAAGGGGGCUCUUGAAUGCAUGAGGCGCGAUAUGGGGAAUUUAAGUGCAAAGUAGUUUGACAGCCGAAGAGUGACUGAUUGAAACAAAGCCACAAUAAUAAAUACAAUGUUUUUGACGCGACAAAGUUGUUUGUUUGUCCGCAAGGUCAUUAGCUGGAGGGCUGCGGCCAGUAUAGCUUGGGCCGUCCUCCUGUUGCCUCCCAUCACUGCUGUUUUUGUCAUAGUCAGCAGAUUCAGUCCUCUCCACCCCAUCCAGUCCAUAUCAGAAUGUCUCAAUCUGUUUACAAGCACAAGUGCCAUUUUAUCGUUGAUCCUGCUGUGUGGGGUGAUCAUCAUGGUCGGGUUCCUCAACGUCGAGUACUAUACUGUAAUCCCGAACAUUGCUUGCUCCAAAAUCGCUCUGCUGGGUCAGCUGGUCCACCCGCAGCACGUCCUGAACUCAGCCGUCCACUCCGUCAUGGGCCUGAUCGUGGGGUGGUGCGCCGCCGUCAUGAUCGGCGGCCGAUACCGUCUGCUGGGAUCUCCCUGCAAUCCCAACGAUGAGUGCGUAGCAGAUCCGAGUGGCUUCUCUGGCGACAUUAUGUCGUUCAUAAUCCCGUGCUGUUGUUCACCUGGCAGCUCCUCUGAGAUGUGCCUGAACGAGCACCAGCUCCUGCUCUUGCUGUCGGGGGCUUUUGUGGGACUGUCUCACAGCGUGUGCGGCGUCAUCUACAACAUGAGCUACGUCUCUUUCCAGACGGUUCAGCAAUACAAGUACCUUCGUUUCAAAGGCUCUCUGUCGAUGGUGUUGAGGUGCAGCGCCACUCAAGCACUUCUCUCCAUCAAGAACUUUAUUUUAUUCUAUUUCUUCCUGGGCUACAUCCCGAGACAGUGGGUCUGUCAGUCACUCAGUCUGCACAUCAACAGCUCCCUUCACUCUCUCGACACCGUCGCCGGCCUUCUGGACCCGUCUCUGCUCUUCCACCUGUGGUUGAGCGCCACCUUCCUGCUCUUCACUUGGUACAUCACACUGCUGCUCUUCAGGAUCUUCGUCACAGAGCGAUACAGCUUCUCCGUGCAGCCGACGUUCACUGAAGACGUCGACCAGUGUUUGCCCAAGGUUCUGACCGGAGAGCAGCCCGUCAUCGUGAAGUUCCUGGCGCUGCAAGACCUAGCUCAGCUGUCUCAACACUCUCCGUCUCGUCGCUCUGAGGUCUUCACUCUCAGCCAGCCGGGCGGUCACCCUCAUAACUGGAACGCCAUCAGUACGGAGUGUCUGUCGCUGCUGGCCGAUCUAAACCAGAGGCUGGUGGCCUAUCACGAGACCGUAGCCACCAACGGCCGAGCCAAGUCUCUGUCCACCGGGAGUGAACGCAAGACGUCAUCGGAGUCGUCCGUGGCCUCCGGGACUGAAGACCUGAUGAGCCCGAAGCAGCCGCUGAAAACGCCGGUGUCCGUCUUCGCCCGCUCCGUGGCUGGCGCUCCCAACACCCCUCUGACGGCCCCCUUCACCCCUGACCUGGACAGUCCUUUUGGCUCGCCAGCCCUGCGCCGCCUCGCCGCGCCUGUGGACCAGUGCUCGCCGUGGCACGGCACCGUCCAGAGCCCGCACGUCAUGAGGAGGGCCCCCAAACUGUGGUCCACCUCCACAGUGGGGUCGCUGACCAAUGGGAGCAGUCCGCCGGGGUCACCUGCUCCACCCAGUCUGCCUCAGCAUCCAGCCAAGCCCAGUCUCCUGAGCCAGUUCUGCAACAACCGGAAGGAGCAGAUUAAGAGCUUCCUGUCCAGGCGGGUGCUGGUCGCCUACUUGUUCAACAAACUUCCCGAGGCCUCCAGCCAGGCCCUGUUUGCCGACACUCAGGCUCACAUCUGGGCUCUGGAGGGACUCUCCUACCUGGUCCAGGCCUCUUUCACCGAGGACCAGUUCGGAGUCGUGCAGACGACGUUACCCAGCAUCCUCAGCUGCAUGCUGCUUUUACAAGAGGCGGUGGACCGACACUUCAAACUUCCUCACGCGUCCAGCAAACCCAGCAGGAGCGGCGGCAGCUUGGGAGACUCGACUUACAAGACACUACGCUUCGCUCUGCGGGCCACGCUCAAGACCGCCAUCUACAGGAUCACCAGCACCUUCGGCCAUCACCUGAACGCCGUGCAGGUGUCGGCAGAGCACCGGAAAAGACUGCAGCAGUUUCUGGAGUACAAGGAGUAGAAGCGCCUUUUAAUAUUUCGGAGCUGAUGGAAAGGAAAAGCUGCUGCCUCGGAGCGGACCAGAUGUUCUGCUGACGCUUGCCUUCUCUUUGUUUCCUGAAGGUUUCUCAUGGUUCUCUUCCACUUCUGUCCCUCACAAGGAGCCGCCUGCUUCAUCAGCUUCACUCUUUGUUUCAGUGUUUGUUUCUGCUGCUAAAUAAACAGUCCCUUUGCAACGAUUGACUUCUCUCGUGUUGUUCCCACCGAAUGGUGGAGAAAAGAAAGAAGAACCUUCACAUGGUGAUGGGCUCUGAAGCAGUGUGUUCCAUUUGUUUGGCGCGUUCUUUUGGCUUAGUUCUCACAUUUGUGUUCUGUAGCCGUUCCAUAGUGAUUGUUUUGUGGACCUGUUUGUGUGUUUUGUUUGUGCCUUCAAAUGGUAACCGGCUUUAUGAGCAAAAACACUGUUUAUCCUCCUGAAUGGUUGGACUUGA